AUGGUGUGUCUAUGUUGGUUGUUAGUGGUGAUGGCGUAUGUGUGCGUCCCGGGGUUCGAGUCUGCAUGUCUGGAAAGCUCUAUCUGCAACAAGGGAAGGAUAAAGGAUUGCAUUCAGCUCUGCAUGUCUGUGAUUCAGACUGAGUUGCCAGAGCUCAGCUCAUUGAAGGUGAAUGAUGAUGAUGAUCUCUUGCUCAGCAUCCUUUUGGCCACCCUGGCCUCUGAAGACAAGAUAUCAGACCAAAACCUGGGGGCCCACAGUGACAAAAGACGCUCGUAUUCAAUGGAGCAUUUCCGCUGGGGGAAACCCUCUGGUCGCAAACGCCGACCUGUCAAAAUAUUUGCCUCCCCUCUGGAGAGCGGGGGCUCUUCUCAGGGCAGUUUCCCCUCCAAAGCUCGAAGGCAGCUGAACAGUAAGAAUGAUGAAGCAAAGGAUGACACAACUCAAAUCCAGGGAUCGCCCAGGGCAAAGAUCAGCGCCAAGUCACAUGCCCAGUUGAGCCCACAGGAAAGAAAGGAUGGGACCUAUCGGAUGAGCCACUUCAGAUGGGGGAGCCCACCCACCUCUAAACGUAAUGACAGCUUUAUGAAAUAUUGGGAGGAAAAGGGGCAGCUGGUCAAGGCCCUCAGGAACAUUAUAUUCAAGAGUAUGCAGAGGAGAAUGGGAUGA